AUGACUUCCGAAUAUAAACCCCCACCUCUCCCCUCCCCAUUCAACAACACGCUUCCACCCCCAACGCUCCUAGCCCAAGGCGCCGAAGCCCACCUCUACAAAACCACAUCCCUCAAUCCCUCAAUCCCCGCCGCCUUAAAGAUCCGCCCCUCAAAACCCUACAGACACCCCAUUCUCGACAAAAAACUUACCCGAUCCCGCAUAAUCCAAGAAGCGCGGUGUCUCGCGAAACUCGUCCGCGAAGGCGUUCGCGUCCCCGCCGUCCUAGCUAUGGACUGGGAGGGACAAGGAGGUGAGAGCGGAUGGGGCGGAGCAUGGUUAAUGAUGGAGUGGAUUGAGGGACCUGUUGUGCGGGUUGUGCUUGAGAAAUGGGAGGCUUGGAUGAGGGCUCAAGAGAAGAUUGGUUCUUUGGAUGCGGGGCAGAUUGAGGCUCAGCAGGGACGAGUGAAAGAUUUAUUUCGACGCAUUGGGGGGACUAUUGCUUCGCUGCAUAAGGCUGGCGUUGUGCAUGGGGAUUUGACAACGAGUAAUCUUAUGUUGAGGGUUGGGGAGGGAUCUGAGUCUGUGCCUUAUGAAGAUACUGCUGGGCCUGGGUCUAUGGAGGGGGAGAUUGUCAUUAUUGAUUUUGGGCUUGCGGGACAGAGUAUUCAGGAUGAGGACCGGGCUGUGGAUCUUUAUGUUUUGGAGCGUGCUAUUGGGAGUACGCAUCCGUUGUCUGAGCCGUUUUUUGAGGAGUUGCUUGUGGGUUAUAAGCAUGGAAAUAAGGCUGCUGUUUCUACGCUAAGGAGACUUGAGGAUGUGCGGAUGCGUGGACGCAAACGUAGUAUGCUUGGGUAA